AUGAACGGAAAUGUUUCCGAAUGGUAUAACGAAUGCGACAAUGCCAUUAGAAGGUCAGAAAUAGUUCCUGGAACUUACGAAUAUACAACUGCUGUUUCUUAUGGAAACGUAGGUGAGUUUGGAGAAGGUUCUUCAACAACAGUAGAUAUUGCUUGCGACAGGUUUCAUAUUAUUUCUAUUGACAACUCUUUCUUAUACGUGGAACAAGACAUUGAAAUAAAACCUUCUGCCAAGUUGUCUGACAAGAAAGGUUGCAAUGGAAUUUUCUAUGUCGGAUACCAAUAUGCUCCAGAAGUUUUCAUGGGAUAUAAGAUAUAUUCUAACUCUGACUUAGUUCAAACAGUAACAUGGGCAAACUAUGAAUGGUUCGCUUUGAGAAACUCAGUACAACCACAAGCUAGAGAACAAACAGACCAGUAUGCAAAUAUUGAGAAAAUAAGAAGACUUGACCCUAACGUUCCAGGAGUUUAUGUUAACCUUUCUGGACAAACUGCAGCAGCAGUAACCAAAGUAAAACUGAAACUUAGAGUUCCUUUGUCAUCUUUCCUCAUCUUCAGGUUUUUAAGAUACUUGCCAAACUGGGCAGGAAAAAUUUCUAUUGAACUUACUCCAAGCAAAAAUAACUUAGUCAUUGCACCAACACAAGACCCAUUCAGCAUUACUGUAGCUGGAACUGGUGGAGCCAAGUUCUGUGACUUUUGCAAAGACAAAGUUGACUUAGACUUUGGUUUCUCAAACUUCAACAAUGAAGUAAACUAUUAUUUCAAUGCUGCUGGAACUGCUUGGGACCCAGUUAAGUUCACAUGCGAAAAGUUUGAAUGCAAGAGAAUAGAAAGCAGACUUGCA